AUGGAUGAAGCAGAAGAUUUGGUUGAAGAUGUGCUCACUGAGUAUGCUGUACAGCUUAGCAUUCAGGAAUCAAAUGGGCCCAAACCACCAGUGUGUUCCAGCUAUAAUGACAGUUUUGCACCACCUAGUGAGGAAAAUAGGAAAAUUGUAACAUCCAUAAAGCAAGGUCAGGUGUUUGGGCUCCAAGAACUUGUGAAACAGAAAUAUGCUUUGGAUGAAGCUGAUGAAAGAGGGUGGUUUCCACUGCAUGAGGCUGCAGCUCAGCCAAUUCAGCAAAUACUUGAAAUCAUUUUAGAUGCAUCUUAUAAAGCAAUGUGGGAAUACAAAACAAGCGAUGGAGAAACACCAUUAACUUUGGCAGCAAAAGCUGGCUUUGUGGAUAAUGUACGAACGUUGCUGGAAAAGGGUGUUUGGCCCAAUACCACAAAUGACAAAGGAGAAACUCCACUGCUUAUUGCCAUAAGAAGAGGUUCUUUUGAAAUGGCAUACACUCUGAUUAAACACAACUGUCGUAUCCACCAGCCAUGUGUAAAACGUUGGUCAGCAAUGCACGAAGCUGCAAAACAGGGACACAAAGACAUUGUUGCUCUUCUUCUGAAGAAUGGUGGAAAUGUGAACCUUAAGGAUGGAUACGGAGUAACACCAUUAGGUGUUGCUGCUGAAUAUGGUCACUGUGAUGUGCUGGAGCAUCUUAUUCAUAAAGGUGGAGAUGUCCAGGCCUUAGCAGAUGAUGGGGCAUCGAUACUGUUUGAAGCAGCUGGAGGAGGCAAUCCAGACUGCAUAGCCCUUCUUUUGGAAUAUGGAGGAAGUGGAAAUGUGCCUAAUAAGGCAGGACUGCUUCCCAUACACAAAGCAGCUUAUGAGGGGCAUUACCUGGCCCUGAAGUACCUCAUUCCAGUCACAUCCCAAACUGCAAUCCAGAAAAGUGGGUUAAGCCCUGUUCACUCAGCAGCAGAUGGCCAGAAUUCACAGUGUCUAGAACUCCUCAUUGAAAAUGGUUUUGAUGUCAAUACUCUCUUAGCUGAACACAUUUCAAAUAGUUACGAUGACGAAAGGAAAACCGCACUUUAUUUUGCUGUUUCUAACAAUGACAUUCUUUGCACUGAAAUAUUGCUCAAAGCAGGGGCAAAUCCAAACAAGGAUGCUUUGAACUGUCUUCUUGUGGCAGUGAGAGCUGGCAACCACGAAAUUGUAAGGCUGCUCCUAUCUUACGGAGCAAACGUCAAUUGCUAUUUUAUGUUGGUUAAUGAUACACAUUUCCCCAGCGCCAUUCAGUAUGCCUUGAAUGAUGAGGUGAUGCUGAGGCUGCUGCUCAACCACGGAUAUAACGUGGAGAUGUGUUUUGACUGUAUGCAUCAAGAUAUCUUUGGAAAUUCUUUUGUGUGGUCAACUCCAGAGGAAGAGAUUCUCCCCGGGUGGACUUCUUCUGUGAUAAAGGAUAAUCCAUUCUGUGACUUUAUUGCUGUUCCUUGGUUGAAACAUUUAGCUGGAAAAGUGGUUCGUGUUUUUAUAGAUUACAUGGAUUAUGUUCCUCUAUGUACAAAAAUUAAGUUUGUCUUGGAAACACAGAAAGAAUGGACAGAGAUACGUCAGAUACUGGAUAAUCCUCGCCCAUUGAAACAUCUGUGUCGUCUGAAAAUACGUAAACUCUUGGGGUUAAGGAGACUCCAGAAUCUGUCAGCCAUGAAGAAGUUUCCACUUCCACCAGUUCUCAAAAACUAUAUCCUAUAUAAAGAAUAUGAUCUGUAUGGAAAAGGAAUACAUCUAGAAUAG